UCGAUAGAGAACUUCAAGGGCUAUCGAAAUCACUAUUUAGAUUUGAUCUAACUAUUCGUCUUCAUUGAAAAAUCUCAACGACAAAAAGGGGGGCUAUAAUUUUGUUAUACCCUGUAUACUCAUCUUCAUUAUGAUUAUUAAACAAGCCACUACUUUUACUCGUAUUUUUUUCUACUCAUAUUGCAUUUUCUUAGCUGUAGGCGCCACGUGUGUUAAAUGAUUUUUGUAAUGAAAAGGCAAAUACAUACCAAAGAAAUAACUUUUCUUGCUGUUCAGCUAGUUCUUCACAAGUUUGCUUUAAUUACCCGAAAUCGAGUUGUGAGAAAUCAGAGUGUUUAAUUUUUAAAUAACUUUGAUAGUUGGACGAUUUGGGUCACUUUUUUAUAUUGACAAUAGUGUGUAAACUUUAUUUUAAUGGUUCGCGUAACAUUCCGUUUAAUCCUAUAGAGAAAAUAAAAGACAGUCUUUUUUACGAGUAGUUUAAUAUAUCAAGCUGAUUAUAUAAGCUGCGGUUUCAGUAAGUAGUUUGAGGUAGCUUGCUAACUGUUCCACCUAGCAGUUAUUAUAUGCAGCAACUUAAUGGAAUUAUUAUAUCCGUAUCUCUCAUUUAUAGAUUCAAGCUCGAUAUGGUUUUAUGGAUCAGAAUGUUCUAAAAAAUGUUAAACAAAGCGAAUACGAAUGUAAAUGGAAGACAGUCAUAGAGUAUUUCAAUAUACAAACAUCUGAUCUCGAUCCUCGAUACAAUUUUGACUACAGACAAGGUGGUCUACCGGAGCAAGACAGCCGUGGUAGUGAGCCGUACUAUUUGCCAAUCGGUUGGUAUCGUCAUGGACUUAAGGUAGAUAAUAAAUAUGCAGGUGAUAAUGUUUGGCUUGGCCAUGUCAAUGCAGAAGGUGAAUGGCCAGUUGUUUUUCACGGUACGAACGAAGGCGCAGUUCUGGGAAUUACACAACAAGGUCUACUAGCCAGCAAGUUUACACGAGACUUAAUGAGAGCUGAAGCCGUCAAACUAAUCGGUGCAGAAGCAGAUCAUCAAGGAAUCUAUCUAGCAACACAUUGCAAUGAAGGAGCCGAUGCAUAUGCUGGUGAAUUUUCACUUCCAAUCUCAACUGGAAAGAGUGAAACGUUUCAAGUCGUUUUUCAAUGUCGUGUACAACCCGGUAAAUUCACAAGGCAUACAAUACCGGUCCUUACCGGUGAAGCUUGGCGUUUCAUUGAUGAAAGAGCGAUUCGACCUUAUGGCAUUUUACUGAAAGAAGUCAUC